AUGGCUCUGGCGCUGCGCUGCCUCCGUCCCCUCCCGCCGCUGCUGCUCCGCUCCGCCCCGGCCGUGCCCCGGGGGCUGCCCCGCUCUCCCGGGGGCUGCCCGGCCCCGCUCCCGCUGCCGGGGGGCUGCAGCCGCUGUGCCCAGCACUUGCUGCUCAGCAGGCAGCUGGCUACCAAAAAAGCUAAAGGCAAAGGGCAGAGUCAAGCCAAAGUGAAUAUCAGUGCUGCCCUAGUUGAGGAUAUUAUCAAUUUGGAGGAAACCAGUGAAGACAUGCAGGCAGUCAUAGAAGCUCUGAAAGAAGAUUUCAGCAGAAAUCUCAGUGUUAGAACCUCACCAGGGGCCCUGGAUCACAUAACUGUGGUGACAAAGGACGGGAAGUUUCCGCUGAACCAGCUGGGGCAGAUCUCACAGAAGUCCCCACAGCUCCUGACAGUGAACAUGGCCAGCUUCCCAGAGAGCACAGCUGCAGCUGCAAAGGCCAUAAGGGAGAGUGGCAUGAACCUGAACCCCGAGGUGGACGGGACGGUGAUCCGGGUGCCAGUUCCCAAGGUCACGAGGGAGCACAGGGAGAGCCUGGCCAAGCUGGCCAAGCAGGCCACCAACAAGUCCAAAGAGGCCCUGAGAAAGGUGAGAAGCAAAAGCAUCACCCAAGUAAAGAAGUCCAAGAACAAAGUGUCAGAAGAUACCAUCUGGCUGCUAGAAAAGCAGAUCCAGCAAAUGGCAGAUGAGGCUGCUGCAGAGAUGGACAAGCUGCUGGCAGCCAAGACCAAGGAGCUGCUUGGAUAAACACCAUCCCAAUUGUCAAAAACAUCACAAACAUCAUCCCAGCUGCCCUGGAGCAGGAAUGGGCUGCCCCAGCCUGGGGCCAGCAGCCUCAGGGGUGGGCAGGGGCUGCUCUGUGCCCUGGCUGCUGCCUUGGGGUGUGCUGGAGGGAGGGCAGAGCUCUCCUUGCUGUCUUUAUCCAGGUGGGAACAGAAUUGCAUGAACUGAGAUCAAAAAUAAAACACCAGGAAGGAGGACUGGCGAUGCUGGAGGCACAGGGAGGACUGCCCUGCUCACUUUGUGCUCCCUCUUUGCCCCACACCUUCAGCCCCCU